AUGGAUAUGACAACAACUGAUGUCUGGCAUACACAAGCAGAUGUAGAAGAAGGGUUGGAGAACAGACCGGAGUGUUCAAUCUGCUUCAACAACUAUGAUAACAUAUUCAAAACCCCUAAGGUUCUUCAGUGUUCACACACCUUCUGCUUGGAAUGUGUAGCAAGGCUCGUAGCCUCACUCCCACCAGAGAACGAGCAGGACAAGGUGCUGUGUCCUUUUUGCCGGCAACCUACACCAAUCCCACAGGAGGGGGUCCCGGCCCUACAAACGAGCCAAGAACUGCUAUCUAACCUACCUCCCCAUCAACGUAAAGAAGAGACGGUUUGGAUUGAGGGUACCAAGCUUUGUUACAAACAAGAUCCAGAGUCCAACCAAUCAGACUUAUGUAUCUGUGUAGAUAUUGGGUUAAGCAAAAAAGACAUUCCCCCUCCACCAAGGCCACGAUCUAGAAUGCAGAGGAUAUGCUGUAUGUGCAGUGAUUGGAAAAGACUCCUACUCAUUGCUUUUAUGGUGAUCGUUUUAUUCUGCAUCCUUCUUUGGCCAGUGCAGUGCAUCCUUAAGACGGGAAGCCUAAAAUGCACAACAGAGUCAACAGCUAGUAAGCCUACCAAUUCCCUGCAUGUAACACGUGGAUUAUAA